AAACGGAAGGUGGUAGUCGCUGCCGGAGCUUGUUUGAAACUGGUGGUCGGGCUCGGCGGAGUGUGUGUGUAGCAGAGGAGUCGCUGGAGGGCUAGGCCGUUCCGGAGCGCCCCGGCCCCGCCUCCUCUCGGACUCGCUGACCCAAGCCGGGCUCCCCGCCCGUCUCGUGCCCCAGCCCGCCGCCUCUCCGGCCGGCUUUGCGGCCCAGCCGCCACCAUGUCCCUGCACGGCAAACGGAAGGAGAUCUACAAAUAUGAAGCGCCCUGGACUGUCUACGCCAUGAACUGGAGCGUGCGGCCCGACAAGCGCUUUCGCCUGGCGCUGGGCAGCUUCGUGGAGGAGUACAACAACAAGGUUCAGCUUGUUGGUUUAGAUGAAGAGAGUUCAGAGUUUAUUUGCCGAAACACCUUUGACCACCCAUACCCCACCACAAAACUCAUGUGGAUUCCUGACACAAAAGGCGUCUAUCCAGACCUUCUGGCGACGAGUGGUGACUAUCUCCGCGUGUGGAGGGUUGGUGAGACAGAGACUAGGCUGGAGUGCUUGCUAAACAAUAACAAGAACUCAGACUUCUGUGCUCCCCUGACCUCCUUUGACUGGAACGAGGUGGAUCCUUAUCUUUUAGGUACCUCGAGCAUUGACACCACCUGCACCAUCUGGGGCCUGGAGACCGGGCAGGUGCUGGGACGAGUGAACCUCGUGUCUGGCCACGUGAAGACCCAGCUGAUUGCCCAUGACAAAGAGGUCUAUGAUAUUGCAUUCAGCCGAGCCGGAGGGGGCAGGGACAUGUUUGCCUCUGUGGGUGCGGAUGGCUCUGUGAGGAUGUUUGACCUCCGCCAUCUGGAACACAGCACCAUCAUUUACGAAGACCCACAGCAUCACCCACUGCUUCGCCUCUGCUGGAACAAGCAGGACCCUAACUACCUUGCCACCAUGGCCAUGGAUGGAAUGGAGGUGGUAAUUCUGGAUGUUCGGGUUCCCUGCACACCUGUCGCCAGGCUGAACAACCACCGAGCAUGUGUCAAUGGCAUUGCUUGGGCCCCACAUUCAUCCUGCCACAUCUGCACCGCAGCGGAUGACCACCAGGCUCUCAUCUGGGACAUCCAGCAGAUGCCUCGGGCCAUCGAGGACCCAAUCCUGGCCUACACAGCUGAGGGCGAGAUCAACAAUGUGCAGUGGGCCUCCACUCAGCCUGACUGGAUCGCCAUCUGCUACAACAACUGCCUGGAGAUACUCCGUGUGUAGUCUCUGUGGCGCCUCACCUACCGGGCCGGGGCUUGUGUGUUUCAGUCUCUGCCCCCUCCCUCCCCACGUAAGAAGAACAUGUUUCCAGUGGCCAGUAUGUCUCUUGUUGCUUUACACCCACUGUGUCCAGAAGCUGCUGUAGGAGUCCAGGCCAGUUGCCCCUGGCUGUCUGUGCAGGACUGUGCUGUGCGGUGCACCGCAGCCCAGGGCUGGGUUUUACGAUUUCUCUGCUUUCCUCUUCUUUGCUUCUUCAAUUAAACAUUUCUGUAUAUCUGUUUGUCAGCUGUUGUGUUCAUGAACAGUACAAGCACUGGCUCUGUCUGUGUCCAUGUGCCCCAUGUCUGUCUGUUUACUGCCCGAGGCAGUAGUCCGUGUCUUGUCCCCAUCUGUGUCUAUGCUAGCACUUAAAUGGGAUCAAAUGCCAAUUUCAAAUUGUCUUUCCUCCUGGUAUCAGUGUCUUUUAACAAACCUCAACUUUGUAUAUUUAUCUAUCCGGCUAAUUUUUUUAUGAAAGGAAUUUCAUCUUCCUGGUUUCCUGGUUUUACAGUCCUCCCUCUUUGUACCUUCCUCUCCCCCUCGGUGCCUGCAGUGGCUCCUGGACCCCAGACCCCAAGAGCAGUUUGCCUUCCUGCGUCACUGCCUGUAUGGCACACCCUGACGGGGAUUCAGAACUGCAUUGGUGCUCUCAAGGCUUCUGACUCACACCUCUCUCAGUCUGGGUCCUGAAGGCCUGACAGGCCAGGACAGACAUAGGAAGCCUCUGUUCCACCACCCUCCAGUUCCUCUCUCGGCUUCACUAAUGAGUAUCCGGUGGAGCUGAGGUGAGCAGUUGACUAGGGGCCAGGCUGAGGGAGAACCAUUCCAGGAAAGCUGAACUUCUGUUGUGUUUCCAAUACCUGGUUUCAGAAUCUAUUUUUCCCUUUUAGAACUUGAAUGAUAGGCAGGAAAGAUCUCUAAGCUAAGCUUCGGUAUUUGUUUGCUGAGUUUCCUCUGCCUGGUGGGAUUCUGGUCCAUGUCUGGAUUGAGUGCUGUGAAUGAGAGACUCCUGAGAGGUGCCAUCUGUCCUGACCCUGAACAAGAUCUUUAGAUUGAGCUAGACAGGCAGUUCUCCUAAAGGAUGGACUAAUCAGCUGUGGUGAUUCCAGGCCACCAAGUAAACGACUACAAAGGAAUCCUUGGCCCCGGGGCCAGUCAUCAAGAGUCUCUCCAUCUGGGACACUUGCCCGCCCCCUGAGUUUAGGUUCCGAGCAGUAUUGGACUUUGUAGGCUGCAGUUGGCCGUGCUGACCUCCAGGCCUCAGGUGUUUGUUUCCGUUACAUGAAUGGGUUCCAUGGAGGGGACUUGGAUAGUUCUGACUUUAGAUGAGUCCCUGGCAGAGUUUGGGACAUGCUCUAGGGAGAAUUUGCCUGGCUUAUUUCCUGCUGAGCUGCCUGAAGGUUCCUUAGAUUCUCUGACAUGAGGAGAGUAGCAGGCCUGAAAUUUAAUGGUUUUGGCCACUUCGCUGUCGUUGCUGGAGAAGUAACUCAUUGUUCUGUGCACAUGGACUCUCUGAGUCUUUGCUCACUUCCUACAGCUGCUGCAGCUGUAUUCCAGAAGUCUUACAUCGCUUUACUAUAUAGGGGCUCGACCCACAGGAAAGGCAUUUUCAGUCAGGGUGUUUCCCCUGGGCCUUCCUGAUUUGUCAUUCUGAUUUCUGGUCUCUGGCUGGCUGGCUGCUUGAGAUUAAUGUUCCUGCACUAGCGUGUGCUUUGCCCUGGAUCAUUUACAGACAGAGAGCACAAAUUGUGGUUACCUCUGAUUUUAGUGGUGUUUGCUAGCUAGUACAGAGUCCUGGAGGGUGGCAGCCUUGCUAAUUCAGGUUGCUCCUGUAGGAGCCCCCAGUUUCUCCUGCGCCGAGUCUACAGUGGAAGUCAGGAGCGGUAGUAGGGCCUGCCGGGAAGGGCCUCUGUGUUCUGGGUGGGCUUUAACUUGGGCUGGAUGAUGGGGUUUGUCAACUGGAAUUUGAAAACAAAGGUUUUAAAGUUAGUAGUAGUUAUUAGAAUAGAUUUGAUUGAGAUAGCUAUGUGCUUUGGAAACAACCACAUGAUGAUUUUUCCCCUGCUCUGUGGACGCUUGUCAUCUUUCUUUAGCCUGCCUUCUGUGCCCUCCAUCCGGUCCAGGUAAGACUCUGCUGUCUCCAUCUUCAAAUAUGCAUGCACCCACUGUUGCAGGGUGGUGCCAGCUCUCUCACCCUCCCUUUAGAGCAUGGGUAGGUGGCCCUGUGGCUGAGGAAGAGAUUUCUGUAGCCUUGACAUACAGAAAGUCGCUUAGUCUGCCAUCCUCCCAGGAGCACAGAUGUAUUAAAGUGUCAAAAGCCAGUCUGUUUAAAUUGCCAGUUCUAACAGGGAGGUGGGUCAGGACCUCCAGAUCUGUUCUCCUCCAGGGGCUGUAGCUCCAGGCUCCGGCGUGGCUGCAGUGCUGUUUGGACUUGACUUUGGCAUGCUAAGCCGGGCUCUGGCCUGUGCUUUCUGUGUGUGUGCUGUGUGGGAGGUUGCGUGCUCAGUCAGAUUAGCAGAGAGCUGAACUGCUGAAUGGGUCUGAGGCUUUCAUAGACUUGAGGCUUUUCCCCACAGGAGAUUGUAUCUCUCUGGAUGAUAAUUUUCUAUCGAAAUCAGAAUUGGAUCUCUGAUAACUGGCUAUAAUUCAGGAAGAACAGGAAAAAAAUCAGAAUCCUACAGUGUUUUGAUGAUUGUUACAGUUGAAAUUUGGUAUUUUAGGGUGUAGGAGAAAAUGAGUUCUUGGGAUCAAAGGAGGAAAUACUAGAGAACACAGAGGGGCUGAGGGAAGGAGCAUUGAGAAUCUCUCUCAUAGCUGUGAAGUGAGCCUGGACCUCAGCCAAGGCUGGCCUUCCAGUGCUGUUAAUCAAACGUGUGUCACUGGGUAACUAGGAAGAGGGUAACAGCUAGGGGCCGAGAGCCCUUCCUACAGCAGGGCUGCUAUAGGUGACGUCUGGGGGUUAAAUUCUAACUAGGGGGGUCCCAUGACAGUACAUGAUGAUACUGUUGCCAGUCUGUCCUUGAACUUAGGAUCCUCUUAUUUCAGUUUCCUUGAGUGCUGGAAUCACAGGCAUGUGCCCCUGUCCCCAGCACCCAUGGUUCUUCUUGUAGAUCCCCCUCUUUCUUUAUCUUCCCUUUGCCCUUUCAUUUUUCAUUUUGUGUGUGUGUGUGUGUGUGUGUGUGUGUGUGUGUGUGUGUGUGUGUGUGUACGCGCGUGUGUGGUGAUGGAGAUCAAGAGCAGGCCCUCACAUGUGCUAGGCAGGUGUUCUACCACUGAACUGCACCCUAGCCUCUUCUCUUCCGUUUUUCUCUUCUCCUAUUCCUUUCCACUGUAGAAUGUUCUCCCCGAUGUAGCCUGGGCCCUAGAUUCCUAGACUGUAAGGACAUGGAGGACUCGGGAGUUUACCAAACAUGGCUGAGCAGUCCAGAACUGCCCACCACUUUCCUCAUUUUGAAAAUAGGGCAGUUCCUUUGAUCACCUGGCUUAAGAUGGAGAGUACCACUGCAGUAGAGGCCUCAAAGUGAUGUUUCCUUUAGAGCGGCGACGAGGAAGGUAGAGAGUGCUUAGCAUUUAGGUUGAUUUUCUGAGAGGAGAGCUGACCUGAGCAGUGUCACCAUGAACCCUAACAGGCUUUCCACAACUUGUCCUCUCUGCUCUGGGGAGGCUGCAGCUGAGUAUCUCAUGUCUCAGAGCUUGUUCACCUCCCCCUGCUACAUUCCCUCUUCCUCCCGUACUGUCAUUGCUGCUAAUGGUCAGAGUCAAGCAUGUGACAUUAUGGAAUGAGCAAGCUUCUUGGGCUGCUAUCUAGAUGGCACUUUUUAAAUAAGGAAACAUGCAGGUUUCUUCUCCCAAAAGGCUUGAACUAACGUGUCAGCCAGAAACAAUAAGCUAAGGGAAGUUUGAACUCCAGAAGAAGGAUGUUGACAGUCUGUGUGACAGCCAGAAAAUGUACAAGCAGCCACCUUUGGGACAACUCAGUGAAGCUGAACUGUGCUAUAUACUAUUUGAAAGAAGUGUUCUCACUUGGCCUGAGUGGGAUGUCCAAUGUGUAAGGGAAACUGUUGACCUGAAGCUUUGAAUCGCUUUAGUCAAAUGAGUCACUUGCUUUGGUCCCGUGUGUUUAUGACCCCUCCGUCAGUGACUUUCCCUUGCCCCACCCUGUGUGUGACUUCUAGCAUGAUUGUAUAAACCUCUAUGUAGAAAAUGGAGAUUUCCUGGUCUACACAAUGUUAAGCUCUAACUGGUCCGUUUCUGUGCCCUUUAGUCUCUGUGUGUGAACUUACUUUCUUAGAUAUUUAAACUUCCCUUCUAAAGCUUUUGUGGCAUCACUUGUUCAGGUGGAGAGGAAGCUGCCCCUUUGCAGAACUGUACUGUAACCAUGUCUCCUUUAUAAAUAUUAUUUUCACAGGGCUGAUUGUAUACAGGGCUUGUAAUAAAACAUUAACACUGUGCUGUGAAUGAGCUUAGGAUUCUCCUCCGGAGGCAACUUGAAAAGCCGAGAGUGGAGUGUUCUUUCUGUGACUUUCCUUCUUCCUACGUACAUUAAGUCUGUUCACUCUGUUUCAGCCUCCUGUAUAAGAAGUACCGUAUUUUCUGCCCAUCAUACUUUGUAAUAAAACUUGAACAUGUAUAGAUUGAA